AUGCCGGGGGGCAAGAGAGGGCUGGUGGCACCGCAGAACACCUUCCUGGAGAACAUCGUCCGGCGCUCCAGCGAAUCCAGUUUUUUGCUGGGAAACGCCCAGAUCGUGGACUGGCCCGUAGUUUAUAGUAAUGACGGAUUUUGUAAACUCUCUGGGUACCACCGAGCUGACGUCAUGCAGAAGAGUAGCACUUGCAGUUUCAUGUAUGGUGAAUUGACAGACAAGAAGACCAUUGAAAAAGUCAGACAGACUUUCGACAACUAUGAGUCAAACUGCUUCGAAAUUCUCCUCUACAAGAAAAACAGAACCCCAGUUUGGUUCUACAUGCAAAUUGCACCUAUAAGAAAUGAGCAUGAAAAAGUGGUUUUGUUCUUGUGCACUUUUAAGGAUAUCACCUUAUUCAAACAACCAAUUGAAGAUGAUUCAACAAAAGGAUGGACCAAGUUUGCCCGGCUGACGCGGGCGCUGACCAACAGCCGCAGCGUCCUGCAGCAGCUGACGCCGAUGAACAAGGCUGAGGUGGUGCACAAACACUCCCGUUUAGCAGAAGUCCUCCAGCUGGGAUCUGAUAUUCUUCCUCAGUACAAGCAAGAAGCUCCAAAGACCCCACCACACAUUAUACUCCACUACUGCGCUUUUAAAACCACUUGGGACUGGGUCAUCUUGAUUCUAACCUUCUACACAGCAAUCAUGGUUCCAUACAACGUGUCCUUCAAGACAAAGCAGAACAACAUUGCCUGGCUGGUGCUGGACAGCGUGGUGGAUGUUAUUUUUCUGGUGGACAUUGUUUUGAACUUUCACACGACCUUUGUUGGCCCUGGGGGAGAGGUCAUAUCCGACCCCAAGCUCAUCCGGAUGAAUUACCUGAAGACGUGGUUUGUGAUUGACCUUCUGUCCUGUUUACCCUAUGACAUCAUCAAUGCCUUCGAGAAUGUGGAUGAGGGCAUCAGUAGCCUCUUYAGCUCGCUGAAGGUGGUGCGGCUCCUGCGGCUCGGCCGCGUGGCCAGGAAGCUGGACCAUUACCUGGAGUACGGGGCCGCCGUKCUGGUGCUGCUGGUGUGCGUGUUYGGGCUGGUGGCCCACUGGCURGCCUGCAUCUGGUACAGCAUCGGCGACUACGAGGUCAUCGACGAGCUGACCAACACCAUCAAGACGGACAGUUGGCUCUACCAGCUGGCCCUGAGCAUCGGGACUCCAUAUCGCUACAACUCCACGGGCUCGGGCCAGUGGGAGGGAGGGCCCAGCAAAGACUCCUUGUACAUAUCCUCGCUCUACUUUACCAUGACAAGCCUUACAACCAUAGGAUUUGGGAACAUAGCGCCYACCACGGAUGGGGAGAAGAUUUUUUCGGUGGCCAUGAUGAUGGUUGGCUCUCUUCUUUAUGCAACUAUUUUUGGGAAYGUCACCACCAUUUUCCAGCAGAUGUAUGCCAACACCAACCGGUACCACGAGAUGCUGAACAACGUGAGGGAUUUCCUAAAAUUAUAUCAAGUCCCAAAAGGCCUUAGUGAACGAGUCAUGGAUUAUAUUGUCUCAACCUGGUCCAUGUCUAAAGGAAUUGACACAGAAAAGGUCCUGUCCAUCUGCCCCAAGGACAUGAGAGCAGACAUCUGCGUGCACCUGAACCGGAAGGUUUUCAACGAGCACCCUGCGUUCCGUCUGGCCAGCGAUGGCUGCCUGCGAGCCCUGGCYGUGGAGUUCCAGACCAUCCAUUGUGCCCCGGGGGACCUCAUCUACCACGCUGGGGAAAGCGUUGAUGCUCUGUGCUUUGUGGUCUCRGGCUCCUUGGAAGUCAUCCAGGACGACGAGGUGGUGGCUAUUUUAGGUAAAGGUGACGUGUUUGGUGACAUCUUCUGGAAGGAGACCAGCCUGGCCCACGCGUGYGCCAACGUCCGGGCGCUGACCUACUGCGAUUUGCAUAUAAUUAAACGGGARGCUUUGCUCAAAGUGCUGGAUUUCUACACAGCGUUCGCCAACUCCUUCUCCAGGAACCUGACACUCACCUGCAACCUGAGGAAGAGGAUCAUCUUCCGGAAGAUCAGCGAUGUCAAGAAGGAGGAAGAGGAGCGCCUGCGCCAGAAGAACGAGGUGACGCUCAGCAUCCCCGUGGACCACCCUGUGCGGAAACUCUUCCAGAAGUUCAAGCAGCAGAAGGAGAUGCGCAACCAAGGCUCGAGCCACAUCGACCCYGAGCGGAACCAGCUGCAGGUGGAGAGCAGGAGCGUGCAGAACGGGGCGUCCAUCACGGGCACCAGCGUGGUCACCGUGUCCCAGAUCACCCCCAUCCAGACCACGCUGGCCUACAUGAAAACCAGCGAGGCCGUCAAGCCCAACAACCGCGACGCCAUGGAGCUGAAACCCAACGGGAACGGGGACCAGAAAUGCCUCAAGGUGAACAGCCCCAUGCGGAUGAAAAACGGGAACGGGAAAGGCUGGCUUCGGCUGAAGAACACGAUGGGGGCCCACGAGGAGAAGAAGGAGGACUGGAACAACGUCACCAAGGCUGAGUCCAUGGGGUUGCUGUCCGAYGACCCCAAGUCCAAUGAUUCGGAGAACGGUGUAAAUAAAAACCCGCUGAGGAAAACAGACUCUUGUGACAGUGGAAUAACAAAAAGUGACCUUCGCUUGGAUAAAGCUGGUGAGACUCGCAGCCCCCUGGAGCACAGCCCCAUCCAGGCGGAUGCUAGGUGUCCUUUCUACCCCAUUCCUGAGCAGGCCUUACAAACCACRCUGCAGGAAGUCAAGCACGAACUCAAAGAAGAUAUCCAGCUGCUAAGCAGUAGGAUGACUGCCCUUGAGAAGCAGGUGGCAGAAAUUUUAAAAUUAUUGUCCGAAAAGAACGUAUCCCAGCUCUCUUCCCCCAAGUCUCAUUUAUCACCCCAGUCCCCUCCCCAGAUAUCCUGUCAGGAUAUUUUUAGUGUUUCAAGGCCUGCAUCACCUGAAUCUGAAAAAGAUGAAAUCCACUUUUAGCAUAUACCUAUGUGUAUAUAUGUAUACAGUAUAUAUGCAGAGGUGUAUAUAUACCUUUAUACAUAUAUAUAUAUGUGUGUGUAUACGGUAAAUAUAUAUACAUAUAUAUUUUCACUUGCAUCCRAUAUGACUUGAACACACCAAGGAUUUUGAUAUGUAAAUAUUGCAUGUCCAGCUGGAUUCUGGCCUGCCAAAGAAAGCAAUUAUUAACAUAGAUAUUGCCUGUAUAAUAUGCAGUUGACUGCAUGCACACUUUACAUUUAUUUAUAAUCUCUAUUGUGUAAUAAAAGAAUGACUUUUGUUUAACAAAGGCAAUGUAAUAUUUAAAGAAUCAGGGUCUAACCUGCCAAUAUUGCCAUGACAGUUUUGAUCUCAGGCUGGGUGAAUUGAGCUUUUAUUUCCUCACUGUCUUUUCUGCCGAGUUAAACAGUAGAUUAAUAUGACGUGAAGGACACGUUCAGACUCCUGUUAGUAUUGUUUCCUGGUAUCAUUCCAUGACAAUAUACUGUAUAUUUGGUGA